GACUAGACCUCUACGUCAAAAAUAAUCAUAAAACUCAUUCAAACAUACGCAGGGCGAGAGAUUGACUGCACAUGACCCGACUCAAAAAGAAAUGGCGACGGAGAAAAAGGAGGCGAAAAUAAACCAAGCGGAGUACGAGAAGCAGGUGGCUCGAGAACAAAACGCCACACAGAGACAGGCUACCGAAGCCGGUGGUACGAACUCGUACUCGACCACCGGAGCCACUGGUAAUCCAAUGGGGAGCCACCAGAUGUCAGCCUUACCCGGUCAUGGAACCGGGGAACCGGCUGGACAGGUAGUGGAAGGGGUUGUUAAGUCUCACCCCAUUGGAACCGAUACCCGUACCAGGACGGGUACUGGUACAACUUUGGCUGGACAUAACACGAAAACCGGUGGAGGUGCGGGUGGAUAUAGCACUGGCGGAGCAUAUCGUUGAUGGGUUUUUAGAGGGUUCGUGAUUUGUGUUGUUUUUUUAAUAAGUGUUUUGUGUUUUAAAGUUGAAAGUUCGCAUUGUGUCUAAUGCAAAUCUUGUUUUCUAUCUAAUGGACUUGUUACCAUAUAUGAAAUGGUAACUAUGCUAAUCGGUUCUUAAUAUUUUGUGGUUAUGAAUAAAAUUUACCCAAACUCUUUUUAUCAU